CACCCGGGGGUGGGGGGCGGGAAUCAGCGGGAUUUCCCGCGACUGUCCCCAGCGGCCAUUCCUGCUCCCGCAGGACCAAACGCACGGCCGGGGCAGGAGCGUGGCCCUCGAGGCGGUCGGCCUGGCCACUCACUAGCUGUGUGACCUCGAGGAAGUGACCUGGCUUCUCCAGCUUCAGUCCCUGGUCCGUAGAAGGAAGAUGUUGGAGGACAUUCGUCGUGGGCUUGGAGUGAGCCUCUGCGGGAAGGCUCGGGAAGCGCUGCCCGCCACGGGAAGGAGGCGGAAGCCCUCGGCGGCCCGCGCCACACCAGGCCUCGCCUCUGUGAGGAGCGGCCCCCGGCCCGUGCCCGAAGGUGGAGGGGGGACGCACGCCCUGGGGCCCGGGGCCGCUGGGCGCCGGGAGCUCCGCCUGGUUCUCAACGCCAGCAUUUACAGCUCCCGGGAGACACAACCCGUCAGCCAUUCACAUUUGGCGGGCAGGCGGCGCUCAAGGCUGCGGGGCCGCGGGAGAUCCCGUCCUGCUCUGUCCCCUGCCCGGCUCCCUGCCGGGCUCCCUGCAGCCCGCGGCCGGCCGGAGGUCCGUACCACCGAGAGACCGGCUGGUCUCUGCGCGCCUAGAGCGGCACCGGAAGCUCCCCGGGCGGGGCCUUGGGCCGAUUUCCGGCCGCACCGUGCGGGCGGCCGUGCGGGCUUUGUCAGCAGGCCAGCGGGGCGGGCGGCCAGCGGUCCGCGUGCGGGGCGCGCGCCGUCCUCUCGCCGCUGGGCGCCGGGGUCUGAGAGAUGCCAAUCUAACCGAGUCUUCAGGCGAUACCUUGCUCCUGUCCACAGAGGUGGGACUUUUUGUAGAUGUAACAUUGUAACGGUAUCUUAAUAAUGGUGAUAACUGCAGCAUUCCUCUUUUGGAGAAUACAGAGAGAAAUGAGUGGGGAGGGGGUCUCUGUACUUUCACAAGCCAACUUGGUGGCUCCAGCCCUUCCUGGAGUGAUGGUGAUGGAUUCCUGACUCUCCUGGAAAGGUCCUGGGGACGAUGCAAGGCUGAGCUGAGAAGGCCCAGACCACAUGCACAAGCCAGUGAUGGAAGGGGUGCUCAGGGAAGCAGCUGACCCAGAAACAGGGCGAGGCCUUGAACCAGGUCAAGGAGCUGUCAGGCAUGUCCAGUGCUGCCUCGGGUUGUGGAAGAUGACUGUUGAAAGGGCACUGAACUUGGCAGGAAAGGAGGCCAUUGGCAUCGUUGGGCAGAGCCUUGGGAGCAAAAACCAGAUGGCCGUGGGGUGGGGUGGGAGGAGGAGAUAGCAGCUAGCAGCUGGCUCAGCCUUAAACGAGCCACCUCCCUAAACCUCAUGGAUGGUUGUGAGGAGAGAAGAAAAGCACACGCCAGGCACUCGGUCCCCAGCACGGCUGCAGUGGCAGAAGCUCGGGUUGAUGACAGUGGCGGCUGCAGGGCAGCACAGAGGUGCAGAGUCUCCUGGAGCUCUAGUCCGUGUCUUCCUCGUGUGUCUUUUUACUCUCUUUUUCCCAUUAUUCCCAAGGGUGAAGCUUUGCAAACCUUCCUGCUUCCUUUCUUUAGGCUGUAAGCAGCAGACAGCGACCUUGGCCAGCUUGUAAGCCCAAGGCUGUAACGCCCUUCCACCAGUGCAGACAGCUUCUAGUGCCUGCAGCGGGCACUGCCCCCUCACCAUCUCUGAGCCCCUCUGGGCUGCUCACAGGCUCCACACCCAGGCUAAGCUUCCACUUCAUUCGCAGCACUGAGGCUUGCCCCAUCUCUCAGCAUCAACUGUGUAUUUAGACAGUUUCAUGUUAUAUUUUGUCCAGCAAAUUCUAUAUGUUAUAACAGAAGAGUGGGCCACGUUAGCCUUGGAUGUUAUGGAACCGAUGUCUGGCGUAUUUUUACUUCCUUUGUUCAUUUCAUUCAGGUUUCUUUAAAUGAAAGACUAUCAAUUUAAUUUUGCUUGAAUUCACAGAAGAAAAAGGAGCUAAGCAGAAACUGAAAGAUUGCUGAAUUUAAGAUAAAUGUUUAUUCAAAGCAAGGUAUAUUUAAUUUUUAAAACUUCCUCUAAAAUUAAAAAAUUAUGAAAAUCAUGAAAAGGCAUACAUUUUUAAAGCUAUAUUCUUGUAAGUAUAUGCAAGCCUGUUUUCAGAUGGUAUAACAGUCAUUUUGAACAAAAAAAUCAGAAAAUAUCACCUCCAAAACAAAAAACCAAGUCUUCCCCCCCCCCUUUUUUUUUUUUUUUUUUUUUUUGCAGUACACGGGCCUCUCACUAUUGUGGCUUCUCCCGUUGCGGAGCACAGGCUCCGGAUGCACAGGCUCAGCAGCCAUGGCUCACGGGCCCAGCCGCUCCGCGGCAUGUGCGAUCUUCCUGGACCGGGGCACGAACCCGUGUCCCCUACAUCGUCAGGCAGACUCUCAACCACUGAGCCUCCAGGGAAGCCUUAAGCUUACUUUUAUAAUACUAAUCCCAGCUGAUCUAAGCAAAAUAUCCUGUAAAAGUGACAUCAUAGUUGGGAAGGGAAAAAAAUCUUCAACAGCGGGAAAUGGGCAGUGGAGGUAGACAGGCCUGGCUCUGAACCUGAGCUCUGCAGCUUCACAGCCUUGGGUAACUGACUUUCUCAGCCUCUGUGAAGUAGAGUAAAGAAUAGAGGUAACAGCUGCCUCACGAGGUUUGGAGGUGUCCCUGAGACCAUGCAGGCCCGUUCAGCACUGCCUGGUUGGGGUUUGAGGGGCCCUCGUCAGUAGCACCCCUCCUGCCCUCCCAGGUCUGCGCCAGUGAGGCCCAUGAAGAGCGAGAGGUCACCUCACUAUUGGUCAAAGCCUAGGUUGGAGUGACAUUGGACUUCUCAGGCGAGUGCUGGUUAGACACUGUCCUGCCUGCUGGACGCCUUGUCCAAGAGGUUGGGUGCUGCAUGCCUAGUUAUUCUCUCAAACCUUUCAUUUGGCUAACUCCUUCCACCUGUCUGGGGAAGGGAGGCGGGCAGAAUAUGUCAGAGAGCAUCCUUCCUCGUGACACCAGAGGCACAGGGAUGGUCUGCCUGCGGCGCCUGAUGUGUACUAGGGCCUCUGAGCGCCUGUGCUGGCGAGGCUGCUGCUCACGCCAGGUGCCUCUGUGUGAAUGAACUUGAAGAGUGCCAGAAGGUGUUGCAGGUGGAUGGGUAUAGUGUGAUCCCAUGUUUGUAUCUGAAAAUCUUGUGUACCUAAGUAAAUGUAUUAUUGUUUUUGUUUAAUCAGAGGUCUGGAUGAAUGUGUAUAAAUUGAACAGCUAACAGUGGUUCUCUGUUGGGUUGCUGGGGGUUAUCAUAGUCUAUAUUUUAUGUUUACCCCUUGAAAUAUUUUUACAAUGUGUAUCUUAUGUUUUUAAUCGCUAAGAAUUAACAAGAUAUAAAAGUGAAGUAAAACAGGAUAUGAGACUGAGGAGUGUGGUCCUGAUUUCAUAAUACAUUGGUGCAGAAAAGCACUAGAGGAAAAAUGUCCCUGUGUAAUCUGAGUGGUGGGGUUAAGGGUAAUUUUAUUGUUAUUUUUUAAGUUUUUCUUGAAUAGCAUAGUUUACCUUCAUACCUUGAAAAAAUAACUAGUUAAAAGUAAUUUUUAUAAGCAGAAAAUAUUUUAAACCAAGUUAGUGGGCCUUUAACUCGGAAGAACAUUCUCAGCGAACGUCGCCAGGCAGUGGUCGUAAAUGCUGUGUCACAGGGCACCCCGAGAGGGCUGCUGCUCCCGGAAGCUGUGUUGCAAAUCUCACACAGAGAGAAAUGCCUCGCGUAGACUUGUGCUCAGCUUCUCAUCCUCAUUGCCAGCUCUUGGUGUGCGGGUUCAGUUUCUCUAUCAUCACAGGGAACGUUGCAUCUGAAUAGUCACGUUGUCUAAUAGCCGUAUUUAAGCAUGGGUUCAUUUUGCUGUAACAGAGAUUCAAAAAUAGUGUUUCCAACAGGAAACUUGGUUUCUCGUGUUCCAUCUCACAGGCAGGUGGGUGGCUCUGCCCCUCCAGCGCCCUGGAGCCUACCAUACGUCACUGCAGGUGGGCGAGAGGGUGGGAGACGGGUGGCAUGCGCACAUCCCUUCCAUUCCUGUCUCACAGCUGGAAUCAGUCACAGGGUCACACCUCACUUCAGGGAACUUCAGGAAAUGAAGUCAUUCACUGCUGUGUGUCCACUAAAAUUUCUGGAGGGGUUUCAAUCACUCAGAGGAAGCAGGGACGCCGGGCAGUGUGUCUCUGCCACAGUUUACCCCAUCGGCCACCCUGGGUCCCACACCAGGUCAUGCUCAGUUACUGCUUCCCGCCCAGAGCCAGGAUCUCUGUGUGUGGCCUUCUCCCCACACCAGGGCCUCUUCACGUGGUCACAGUCUAAACUCAGACAAGUCCCGGCCUCCCCAAAUGCUGUCUCCUCACCCACCACAUAGGUGCCCCCACUCAGGAAGGGGAGGAACCCCAAACCCACAGCAGUCGCUGGUCCACAGCGGCUGCAGUUCCCAGUGGAGUCUGCAAGGGCGGCCUGAGCUGGUGGCCACUGAAGCGAAGGAGUCCGAGGACCCAGCGGAAAUGAGCACCUCUGUCGCCCAGAAGACAAGCACAGGACCAGCUAUGGCAGCUCUGUCCCCAAGCCCGAGCUGCCAGCCCCUCGGUGUUGGUGGAUAGGAGAGAGGAAGGCGCGCGGCGGUGUGUUCACGCAGUGGAGGCCGCACACCGUGAGGUCUGUGCCACACAAGUGGCCUCCCCAGUGCGGCGCUCAGCGCCAGCAGACACAUGGUGGGGGCAUGACAGCGCCCGGGAGGUAAUUAGAUAGUGUGGAACGUUCUACAACCUUAGGGGUAUUCUAAAAAGCACUGAAUUGUGCACUUUAAAAUGGUGAAUUUUAUGGUGUGUGAAUUCUAUCUCCAUAAAAAGUGGGUACAUGUUGAAUAAAAAGCAGACACAAAACAUAACUGUAUGAUUCCAUUUAAUUGAAAUAGAAAACAUGCAGAAUUCAUCUAUAAUAAUAGAGAUGGUUCCCCUUGGAGGGGGAACCUCUGGGCUAUGGAAGUGUUGGUGGUUAGGCAGGUGUACGCCAGGAGUUCAUCGAGAUGUGUGCACUUGAUGCGAGCUGCCCCUCGCGAAGAAAAAAGAACAGCCUGUUGGGAAGAAGCCCUGCGGCCCUAGAGCUCGUGUUACCUGGUUACACCGCUUUCCUGCCCCCGGGCUGCUCCCCUCUGCUUGGCUGUGCCCGCAGGGGCACGUCCUUAUCCUUGGCAGCCACGUUGGAAAUGGGUUUUGGAGGGCAUCGCUUUGUGGGGCUGCAUAGCAACUGGUCUGCUUCCCACUGGUGCAGAUUUGGGGUGAGAGGUGAUCAUGCAGGGUCGUCUUGGACGGAGCUCCUGGGAAGUGGGCGCAGCUGGGGGGCACGAUCGGGGAUGCACCUGUGAGGAAGGAGGGAUCGGGCAGUGGGUUUGAAACAGGCCCAGGCACAUCCCAGUGGAGCUUUGGGGCUGGGUGACCCUUCCGAGUUGCCCCAGGUGGAGACUGGGGUGCUCUGCGCUCUGUCGUGGGCUGGGCCCCAGCUGGGGUGUGGCAGGCAGGGUCCUGAGAUGGCCCCGACUGUGCACCCCUCCCGGCUGCCAGGGAGGGCUCUGGCGGUCAGUUGACAUAAGGUAGUCGGGAAGCCCUCGGAAAGCAGGCUUUCUGCAGCUGGUCACGGAGGAGAAUCAGAGAGGGCGUCUGAGCUGCUCCUGCCUGGAAGGUGCGGGUGCUCCCGAGGGGCCACCAGCUGGUGAUCGGGGACAGUUCCACAAGCGCAGGGGACCACCUUCUGCCAACAACCUGAGCGUGUGGAAAUACGUUUUCCCAGAGCUUCCAGAAGAGAUCUCAGCCUGGCUGACACCUUGUGCGACCCUUCUCAGGGGCCCCAGUCGUACCAGGCUGGGCUUCCGACCUACGGCCCUGUGAGAUGGGAGCUGGGUCCCUUUUCUGUUGGAAGUCUGAGGUGAACUGUUACAUAGCGAUGGAUGGCUCGCCACGGAGAGGGCGUGACUGCAACGGAGCUCAGCUCCGGGUGCGGGUGCGAGAAUUCCAGAGCUGGAGAAGGGAGCUGGGCACAGCGUCCCAGAGACCAUGGGAGGUUAAAUAAGCACAGGCUAUUCCAAAGCAAACACACCUGUGGAGCGAGGCCCACGUGCAGGUCACCAGAACCCUGAGGCCUCCCUGCACCCCCUGCCAACCACGGUCUUCUCCCUAGAGACAAUCGUUGACUCGAGUCUCCCACCACGUUGGUUUUGUGUGGUUCUGAACUUUGUGUGAAUAGGAUCAUACGCUAUGAACUCUGGCUCACCGUUACAUCCGUGAGGUUCACCUGCGCUUUUGUGGGGGGCAGGUCUUUUCAUUGCUAUGCAUUCCUCCCUUGUUGGAGGACUCCUCAGUUUACCCUUUCUUCAGUUGAUGGAUAUUUUGGUGAUAUGAACAGGGCUGUGGUGAACAUUCCAACCCCAGACUUCUGCAGGGCGGGGCCGGGGGUGCACAGGUGGACGUCUUUACCUUGGAUUCGAUCAAGGACAUUUAACCCUGGAAGGAGGGAGGGUGUGGUGUGGGCGCAAACACAGGUAGGUUGGUAAAUGUGGGAGAAAGUGGGCAUUCUCGUCUCAUUGCUUCUGUUUGCUCACUGAAGGAAGAUGCAAGGUCAUCGUCCCUGAGAGGAAGGACGGCGUGUUGGACAUUUGAGAGGAGAGGAGAAACCAGGAGAUGAUCUUGCAGGGGAGUUGGCCGAGUGUAGAAAUUGCCGGCAGCUCUCAGGGUCCGUUAGGCAACUGGUUAUAAAUGUAGAGAGAACUGAGUCGGCAGGGGUGCAGACACCGAUCAGGAAGGAAGCUGAAUUUUACUCAAGUUGGGGUUUUCCCGCACAAGUAUGAUAGAGGAGGGGAAGGGCAGGGGAGUUAGGAUUAAUAUGCAAGAGAAUGAGUGUAAUAUAUACCCCAAAUGAGUAUAAUCCCAUCGACCGUCUAGGCUGGGGAAGGGGGCAGCGCAGAGGUGGUUAGGAGCGAUCCAUCUGUUUCUUUGCAAUGUGUCUUGAUUUUUGAGUGGAGUCCAAGCCACAUCCCUGCCCAUCUGCCAUCGGCCAGUCUGUCCCCUGGAGUUGGUGUUAGCGGUGGAGCCCAAAGAGGCCUUCGCCAGCGGAGAGGCCGGCGGGGUGAGCCGAGCACGGUGCUGGGCCGGGAGUGUGGGCAGAGGGAACGUUUUCCUCUCUCCCACUCCUUGGAUAUGCGUUUUGCUACCCGCCCGCCCGCUCCAGCAGAUUCCCGUCUGUUAAGAAAGGGGAAAGAUAACCGUACUCUCUUUGAUUGCAGACUGACGGGUGACUAGAAGGUGACUCCAGAGCCUGAAUUUCUGAGCAUGGAAAUCUGCAGAAGACAGUGUCCGAAGACCUCACAGUGAUGGAGGUCGCUGCCCCUGCGCCUGGCGGGGGCCCUGAACCCAGAUUAGGGGGGCUGUUGGGAAACCUGGACGGGCAGAGCCUGCGGAGCUGCCCCUCCCAGGAGGGAGGUUUCAAGCAGGUGACAGUUACCCACUGGAAGAUCCAAACAGGAGAGGCAGCGCAGGUGGGCAGUAAGUCAGGAGGAAGCCCCGUCCUGAGCUCAAACCUCCUCCUGCUUCAGAGAGAGCUGAUCGAAGGGGAGGCCCACCAGCGCGAGGCUUGCGGAAGCUUCCCAUUUAAUUCGGACCUGGUCAGACAUCAGGUUUCUCAGGCUGGGGAGAAGUCUCACAGACGUGACGAGUGUGGGAGGGGCUUCGGCCAGAGCUCCCACCUCGUGGAGCAUCCGCGCGCUCACGGCGGAGACAGACUCUACGUGUGUAACGCGUGUGGGAAAGACUUCGUUCUCUACGCGGAUCUUGUGGAGCAUCAGAAAGCGCACGCGGGAGAAAGGCCCUUCAAGUGCGCUCAGUGUGGGAAGGCGUUCUGUCACAGCUCAGACCUGAUCCGCCACCAGCGCGUCCACACCCGGGAGCGACCUUUCGAGUGCAAGGAAUGCGGGAAAGGCUUCAGUCAGAGCUCGCUGCUCAUCCGGCACCAGAGGAUCCACACUGGGGAGAGGCCCUACGAGUGCAACGAGUGCGGCAAGGCCUUCAUCCGGAGCUCCAGCCUCAUCCGGCAUUACCAGGUCCACACGGAGGUGAGGCAGUACGAGUGUGAGGAGUGCAGGAAGGCCUUCCGCCACCGCUCGGACCUCAUCGAGCACCAGAGGAUCCACACCGGGGAGAGGCCCUACGAGUGCAACGAGUGCGGCAAGGCCUUCAUCCGGAGCUCGAAGCUUAUCCAGCACCAGAGGAUCCACACUGGAGAGAGGCCUUACGUGUGCAACGAGUGCGGGAAGCGUUUCAGCCAGACGUCGAACUUCACUCAGCAUCAGAGGAUCCACACUGGAGAGAAGCUCUAUGAAUGUAACGAGUGCGGGAAAGCGUUCUUUCUGAGUUCGUACCUUAUUCGACACCAGAAGAUCCACACUGGAGAGAGGGUGUAUGAGUGUAAGGAAUGUGGGAAAGCUUUUCUCCAGAAAGCCCAUCUCACUGAGCAUCAGAAGAUCCACACUGGGGACAGGCCCUUUGCAUGUAAGGACUGUGGGAAAGCCUUCAUUCAGAGCUCCAAGCUCCUCCUACACCAGGUUAUUCACACUGGAGAGAAGCCCUAUGUAUGUAGUUACUGUGGGAAAGGCUUUAUUCAGAGGUCAAACUUCCUUCAGCACCAGAAAAUUCAUGCUGAAGACAAACUCUAUGAAUGUAGUCAGUAUAGGACAGAGUUCACCUCAACUCCAAACUUUAAAGGCAGCCAAGAGGUUCACCAAGAGGGACUCCCCUUGAGUCAGACCCCCAUACAUUUGGGUGAGAAGUAUGUAGGUCAGGGGGAGCACACAGACUUGUAACUAUUCUCCAACUCACUGAGUGAUAGUCGAAGCGAGUGGUGUGAGCCCUAAGUCAUGCGGCUUUGGACGUGUCACCAUUUCCCAGAGUCACCGGCAGGGCUGCCUCUGGAGUGGGCUGCCACCUCCCACUUGGCUGCCCAGCCGGACCGCUGUCUUCCUCCUCCGUUGGGAGCACGUGCCUGCGGGAGAGCCACGUGACUGGACAGCUGACUUGGAGCUGAACCAGCCUGGGGGGAGGAGCUCGGCCUCGGGAGAAGGUUCUUCUGUUUCAUUGCACAAUUACAAUUCACCCCAGAGUUAAAUCCCUUCUAAAGUAGAAUUAUGUACCUAAUCGUAUCACUUUAAAAGAGUAUUCCUUAGCAUUUUUUUCUUUUUUUCUUUUCUUUUUUUUGCGGUAUGCGGGCCUCUCACUGUUGUGGCCUCUCCCUGUCGCGGAGCACAGGCUCUGGACGCGGAGGCUCAGCGGCCAUGGCUCACGGGCCCAGCCGCACCGUGGCAUAUGGGAUCCUCCCGGACCGGGACACGAGGCCGCGUCCCCUGCAUCGGCAGGCGGACUCUCAACCACUGCGCCACCAGGGAAGCCCCUCCUUAGCAUAUUUUGAUCUGUCAGAAAGGCAAGUUGGAGAAACAUCCUUUCUUAUCUAAAACCACAAAUUGGUUCCCUGUCGUCCUUAGGAUAAGUUCCAAUCUCCCCAUCCUGCAUCCGAAGGCCUUUUGCUUCCUGCGGCCUCUUCUCCCGCCGGUUAACUCCCUGCCGCACCGUUGGCACUGCGGCAGCACUAACUGCUGGACGUCCCCACUUACCCAGGCCGCUCCUGCCUCCUUGCCUCUGUCCUGGUUGGAAUGCCCCCUCUCCUCACCCGGCUGACUCGGCUCAGCCCGCUACCCCUCUGCUUCCGUUCCUCCGUGGUCCUUCACCUCUGUUGCUGCGCUUACUCUGAUAUGUCAAAAUCGUGUUUCAGAUCCUCUCUCUUUCCUUGUUACAGUGUUAACUCGUGGAGCACAGUGAGCGUAUCUGAUAGAUUUGUGUCCCUGGCGUCUAGAGCGAGGCAGUACAAAGCACACCCCCGUCCUUGUGUACUUGGCUUGUCCUCUCUAUACUGCUCUUUAAAAUAUGUUUUCGGAUGCUCUUUUUGCUGUUGCUGUUUUGUGUAAUCUGCUGGUCUGUCGGAAAUACCUCCUCUCGGCCCUGCUGGCGUCUUCGGCUCAUACUGCGUUCAGCACUUGCAGGCAGGAGCCAGAGUGAGAUGGUGCCCCUUGUGUUUUUGCCUUCACGGCUUGUCCAUGACUGUCCACUUGCUCUGGGGGAGGCUUGUCCUCAGUCAGUCAUCCGUGUAUCUUUCUGAUUCAUUCAAAGGGCACACAGUCCUGGUGCGCUACAUGACUUUUCCCGUCUCAGCCAUUCCAUGAUUGAGCCAACGUCUUCCCCUUUCCCUGCUCUCUGACUCACUUUGUCAUUGAUUUGAAAAUGUAAUUAUCUAAAAGGACCAGUGCUAAAUACUGGGAAACCGAGAAGAAUGAGACACUAUCUGUCCUGAAGUCGUCCAGAGUCUGAUGGGGGAGGCAGGAAGGUCACGGUAUGCUGAGUUAAGUGUUGAAAGAGAAGUGUGUUCCCAGUUGUGCAGGAGCAUAGGUAAGGAGGUGACUAAUUUGGCAUGGGGCAACUGGGACGGCUUCACAGAGGAGGUGACAGCAAACUGGUCCACAGAGAUAAGUAGACAUUUUGUCAGCUAGAGCAGAGGAUGAUCUGGGAGGGAAUCUGGGGAAACGGCAGGACUGGUGGAUCCCUCUCUGGGUACGGCUGUUCGAAAGCAGGCCAGUUUUAUUACACAGCAGAACUGUUAGUUGUUCCCUCUGAAUUGCUUUUAUCUGAACAUUAACAAAACCAGUUUUGAAAUGCUGUGAUAAUGGAUUGCCCAUGAGGGUAUAUCUUGAGUUCUUAAACUCCAGCAACCCUAGAAGCCUUGAGGGGGUAAAUAAUUCAAAAAGAGCAUACAGUGCUCCAUCUUUUGGAAAACUCACCAUGACUGGAGAUGUUUCAAAUGGUGUAGAAGCAGAUAUUACCAGCCCAUUUUAACCAACUUUGUUUGGUUGAGGUCCAGUUGCCAUACAGUAAAACACCUAUUUUAAGUGUACAGAAUUCUGACAAAUCCAUACGCCUGUGUAACCAUCAUCAUGAUCAAGGAUAACAUUUCUGUCACCCCAAAAUGUUCCCUUUUGUCCUUUCCCAGUUAAUCCCACCUCAGGCCCAAGUAACCACUUCCUGUUAGUGUGGAUUCGUUAUGCCUGUUCCAGGACUUCCUGUUAGUGUGGAUUCGUUAUGCCUGUUCCAGGACUUCAUGUAAAUGGAUUCAUAUGGCAUGUAAUCCUGUGUGAUCCAAACGUCUUUCACUUCGGCAUGUUUUAAAGACUCAGCUGAGUAGUUCUGUGUUUCCAUAGCUCUUUUUCUUUGUGAGUAGUGUCCCAUUGUAUGCGUAAGCAUCGUUUAUUAUUCAUUCACCUGUUGAUGGAAAUUUGGGUUUCCAGCUUUGGCUGUUAUGAAUAAAACUGCUAUGAGCAUUUCCGUAAAAGUA